GUGCCCAGGCCUACCUCCUCCGCCUUUCUUCCCCGAUAUACCGACCCAAAUCCCCAUAUCUUCUCCUCUUUCCUCUCAAAUCCCCAAAUCUCCUCUCACCAUCCCCAUCCUCUCUCUCAAACCCUAAAGCGGCCGACAAAGGUUUGUUUACGGAAAUUGAAAGAUUCUGUGUUCUGGUACAAGGGGUUCUGGGUUUGUUAUUAGGUUUGUCAUUGGGUUUCUCAGAAAUUAGGGGUUGGGGGUUGUCUCAUCCUCUCUGCAUCUGCUUAGAUUGGGGGUUGGGAGUUGUCUCGACUUGAGAUUUAUAAUCCAAACAAGCUAUUGAAGGAAGGAAAGCUCUGGGCUCUCUCCGACGCCGCAAUCGAAACCCUAAGAAGCCGAGGAUGGUGCUUCGGAGGCGACUUCGAGCAACUCUAGGCGAUGAUCCUGAUCCACUGGGCAUUCGCCGACGAAACCCGCACGGUGGUGAAGUCAAUGAAAUCGGAGCUCCUCAACAUGGAUCUCAAAUCCGUCGGAGCCAAGUCGUUACCCAACCCGGCCACUCUUCGCAAGUCAUCUCAUCUUCUCGGUCCCAAAGUCCUUCAGUCGGGGCUUUUGAAACUUGGUCAAAGUGAUGGACAUGGUGAGGUUCCAGCUAUAGAGUACUCGCAUAUCCCUUCGUUCUCGGACGACGUCAUUUCGGGCACUAAGGAUACGCAGAAAUCAAAUUUUGGGUCAUCAGAUUCCCUUGAUAGCUUAUUUGGCGACAAAGAUGCAAGCAGUGCUCUGCAGGUACCGCCGCCAUUUUCUGCCGUCAUUCAUCUAUGUAAACACUGCAUGCAUCAUACAGACGAUGGUUCUGGUGCUUGUUUUGAAUCAGAACGGACUGAGCUGGGGAAAAGACUCUCCCACUUAGAUUCGAUUCUGGGUAAAUGGGGAGAUACCUGACAUGAAUGAUGCUACUCAAGACCAUAAGAGGCUUUCAGAAAGGUUGAGACUGAAGUGUAAAAGUUGGAGCAGCUCAAGUCAAGUACGCUCAAAGAGAUCAUUCUGAAAAAGAAGUUGAAACUGGAGGACAAGCUGCUGGAUGCUCCACCCGACACAUUAGGUGCUGCUGUCUUGGCACUACACCAUGCAAGUAUGAGAGAACUUUAGUGGCAAAAUUUCUCUCGAUCACAUUUGAUUGUAUCAGCUUUUGCUAUCUUUCAAUAUGUAAUUAGCUAGAAUGCAGUAGCCAUUAAACUAGCUAGAAUGUACGGUAUGGAUACAUGAAUGUAUAUAUGAUUGACAAAUGCUAGCUCCUUUGGUACAUUAGAUGGUUGAAUUAGAAUAUUUCAAUGCCUAAAUCUUAUAUUGAGCAUUAUUUUUGUGCAAA